AUGGCGAAUGCAACCCCUCCGGAAACACUUCGCUCUCACCUUACAUACAAACCUGAACCUCUCAAGUUUGGUACCAGCGGCCGCAGAGGCGAGGUUAUCCAUUUGACCCAGCUCGAAAUCUACACCAAUGUCCUCUCUGAAAUCCACUAUCUCCAAUCCAUCCCAAGGGCUGAAGGUGGCAUUGAAAUUGGUGAUGACUUCUACUAUGCGCACGACCUUCGCCCCAGCUCGACUGCUUACGUAGAGAACAAUCGCGGCGGCCUCUCUCAAGCUGUGGAAAAGGCCGUCAAGGAUGGAGGGAUGCGUCCCAUUAAUCUAGGCGCAAUUCCCACUCCAGCGCUCACGUUCUUCGCUCUUCAGAAGGGCAAGGGCAGCAUCAUGGUCACUGGCAGUCACAUUCCAUUCGACCGUAAUGGGUACAAGCUUAACACAUCCAAAGGAGAGCUCAUGAAAACUGCCGAAAAUCCCAUCAAUGAAGCCGUUGCAAUCACUCGUGAAAAACUGCUUUCGGAACCCUUCGCCAAAUCUAUCUUUGACGAUCAGGGUAUGUUACGAAGCGGGCAAUCAGCACUACUGCCAGCACAACCAGAAGGCAGGGCAACGUACUUGCAGCGCUACAUCGACUUUUUCAAGGGAGAAACGCUACAAGGUAUGAAAGUGCUUGCAUAUCAACACUCUGCUGUUGGUCGGGAUCUGUUGGUUGAGAUACUCGAACGGCUGGGUGCGGCCGUCACCCCUGCUGGACGAAGCGACACUUUUGUCCCGAUCGACACGGAAGCCAUUGAUCAAGCCCAACUUGACACCAUCCAAAAGCUCUGCGAUGCAACAGGUGAACGCUUUGACGCCAUCGUCUCCACCGAUGGAGACAGCGAUCGACCCCUGCUUCUUGCACCAGAAGGAGACAAACUUCGUUUCUUUGGCGGUGACAUCCUAGGUAUGAUCGUGGCAGACUUCCUCAAAGCAGAUUCCGUCAUCGUCCCCAUUAGCACCAAUGAUGCCAUUGAUCGUGGACCCCUAGCCAGUGUCACUGAACCGAAGACCAAAAUUGGCAGCCCCUACGUGAUUGCAGGCAUGCAGAAUGUGCUGUCCAAGGGACGUCAACGUGUUUGCGGAUGGGAAGCCAAUGGAGGGUUCCUCACCGGCUCUGAUAUCACACGUCACGGCAACACACUUAUUGCAUUGCCAACACGAGAUGCUAUUCUUCCUCUCCUAGCCGCGUUAUUUGCAGCACGCAGUCAUCAAAUCACACUACCAGAGCUCUUCUCGUCACUCCCUGCUCGAUCCAGCCGGGCUGGGUUGAUCCGGAAAUUUCCUCGUUCAACCAGCUUGAAGAUUAUUGAGAAAUUUUCACCUACGGGUUCCAAUAUCCAAGAGAUAUCAUACCAUGCUAACGAGGUUACUUGUCAUGGCUCUGACCACGCUUUGCUCGACGUUGACAAGGUGCAGAUCGAGAAGCUGGGACAGAUUCGCCAAGGCCUUCAAACAGUUUUCUCCCACGAAGCAGGAUUCACUCCGAUUGCUCGAAUCAACUACACAGAUGGCGUCCGCAUCAUCUUCUCGAAUGGAGAUGUUGCGCACUUUCGUCCUUCUGGAAACGCCGAUGAGCUCCGCAUCUACUCUGUCGCCGACACACCAGAGCGAGCAGAUGCCAUCGUGAUCGAAGGCGUCAGAGACCCCAAUGGUUUGCUCCGACGUCUCGAGGGUUUGGUCAGAUGA